AUGCUUUCCAUCAAGAUAUCUUUUCCUCUUGAAACUCAGAUCAGUGGACAUUUUCGCACAAUGGCGACAGAAAAAGCAACCUACUCUCAUGGUCAUCACACCUCAGUCGUCAAGCAUCACGCAAAGCGCACUGCCGAGAACUCCGCCGCAUUUCUCCUGCCGCACAUUGAGAGGCAUCAUCGAAUCCUCGACAUUGGUUCCGGACCGGGCUCAAUAACCAUUGGUUUCGCCCGACUCGCAUCCGAAGGCCAUGUCAUCGGCGGUGAUAUUGUGCCUGAGGUGUUGAAGGAGGGCGAAGCUCUCGCCAAAGAGCAAAACAUUAAGAACAUAUCGUUCCAGCAGAUCGAUGCCAACGCUCUGCCAUUCGAAGAUGCUUCUUUCGACAUAACUUUCUGCCACCAAGUGCUCCAGCAUGUUGGCGACCCUGUUGGAAUCCUGAAAGAAAUGCGUCGUGUGACGAAGCCUGGGGGAAUCGUAGCAGCUCGCGAGGCGGAUUAUCGAGCUUUCGUGUGGUAUCCAGAGCCCAAGGAGCUUGAUCGAUGGGGAGAUGUGUAUCAAGGGAUUGCGAAAGCGAAUGGUGCAGAGCCCAAUGCUGGCCGUUAUUUGCGCAAGUGGGCUGCGGAGGCGGGAUUCGGUGCUGCUAACGUCACCUUCUCAUGGGCGCCGUGGAACUUCCAGCAUGAAGAGGCGAAGCAGUGGGGCAUUACCUGGGCUGAUAGAGUGCGGUAUUCGAGCUUUGCCACGUCCGCGAAGAAGCAUGGUAUGGCUGAAGAUGCUGAUUUGGAGUCGAUGGCCCAGGCAUGGCUGAAGUGGAGCGAGCAUGAGCAAGCCUUUAUGGUUGUUCCGAAUGGAGAGAUCAUUUGCAAGGUGUAG